ACGCCAAACAGGAAAUGUACCGCAUUGAAAGAAGUUUGAAACACGUUACCACUUAAAACAAAGUUGCUGAAUAGAAAAAUAGCUUAAAGGUUUGAGAAAUAUAACUACUGAUAAGGAGAUUCAAGAACAACAUGCCUUACAUAAGACGACCAGGUUUAACUUGUCGCUUAGUGUUUGUUAUCACUGCUGCAGCCUUAGGUUCAGCUUUCCAGCAUGGCUAUAAUACAGGCGUUGUCAAUGCUCCACAAGAUUUGUUGAUGGACUUUAUAAAGGAUUCUUAUCGUGCCCAUUUUGAGAGGGAGCCCGGAGGACAUGCAGUUACCAUAAUUUAUUCCAUCAUGGUCUCCAUUUUCUGUAUCGGGGGGAUGGUGGGUGCUCUUUCGACUGCAUAUGUAGCUGAGAAGUUUGGACGGAGAGGUGCACUGUUGCUGAACAACAUAUUUGUUUUUAUAGCAGCGGGAUUUAUGGGAUUUUCAAAAAUGGCCCAAUCCUAUGAAAUGUUGAUAUUGGGCAGGUUUUUAAUUGGAAUAAAUUCUGGACUGAAUGCAGGAAUAGCGCCCAUGUAUUUGACCGAAAUAUCCCCCGUCCAUCUCCGUGGUGCUGUAGGAACUAUUUAUCAACUUGUUAUAACCAUUUCAAUCCUGGUCUCUCAGGUUUUAGGGAUUCCCCAAGUUUUGGGUACAGAGAAACUCUGGCCAUUUUUGUUUGGACUGACUGUUGUUCCUGCUAUCUUUAUGCUGCUAACAAUGCCUUUUUGCCCAGAGUCUCCAAGAUACAUCCUGAUCUUCCAAGGCAAGGAGGUGACAGCACAGAAAGCACUGACCUGGUUACGUGGAACAGGCGAUGUGCACGAGGAAAUUGAUGAAAUGAAGGCCGAAUUUGAGGCAAUGAAGCUCAUUCCUAAGGUGACUGUGCAGGAGAUGUGGACCAAUCCCUGGCUCCGUACUCCACUGAUAAUUUCUGUCAUGGUAAUGUUAUCACAACAGCUAUCUGGUAUAAAUGCUGUAAUUUUCUUCUCCACAAAAAUCUUUGAAGGUGCUGGACUAAACAAGCAGACUUCUUUGUCUGCCACCAUGGGUAUGGGAGGUAUCAACGUGUUAAUGACCAUUCUUUCUGUGGUUCUAGUGGAAAGAGCUGGUCGUCGUACUCUACACCUAGUGGGGCUUGGAGGAAUGUCCAUCAUCACAAUUCUGUUGACUGUCUGCUUAGUCUUUAAGGAACACUCAGUUUGGUUCUCAUACUUCAGUAUAGUUCUGGUCAUUGGCUUUGUUGUCAUGUUUGCUACCGGACCGGGAUCCAUACCUUGGUUCUUGGUGGGUGAACUAUUUGGUCAAGGAGCAAGGGCAAUGGCCACAAGUAUUGCUGUAGCUGUCAACUGGAGUGCCAACUUUGUGGUCGGACUUGGAUUUCUGCCUCUUGUUACCAUACUGGGCGAUUAUACAUUCUUGGUAUUUACUGCACUACUAGUUUUCUUUGUGUUCUUCACUUACAAGAAGGUUCCAGAGACCAAGAAUAAGACAAUAGAAGAGAUUACAGCUAUUUUCCGGCAGAAAACCUACCAGUAAAAUUAAUUGCGUGUAAUGGUUGCUUAGAGAAGGCCUUGUUACAAGUAAUAUGUUUAGGUCAAGCAAUGAAGGACCUGAAUAAGUGUUAAUACAAGUAAUCCUCUCUCAUCAACAAUCCUAGGAAAUGUGCUUUUUCAUGCAAAAAGCAUUUAUAAAAAAAAGGCAUUUUUAGACUGGGUUACAGGUACAAGAAUAUUACAAAUGUUCUGUGGUAAUACACUUUACUUUGCAUAUUUUUUUAUUGGAAAAAUCUUUAUGCAUUUAUUAAAAAUUUUAUUUAUUUAUUUCCAUGUUCUAAAAAAAUCCUAAAUUGUUUCUAUCUCUGUAUAAUGUGAUGAGUGGAAUGAUUGUAGUUUAGUUAUUUUACCUAAAAGGUUAAGAAGAGUAAAAAGGGUUCUGGUAUAAAUUAUUGUAUUACACGUCUUGCACGAAAAUACUGGCAGAUUGUUUAAAACUUAUAGUAAGUGUGAUUUUACAGCACAUUAAUUACUAGUGUGUGUGAGAAGUGUGUAAUUUAUACAGAUCAUGAAUAUUUAUUGUAGUAUUUUUUUUUGCAUCAUCCCAAAUUAGUUAACACAUACAUAUAUGGUCACAGGUAUCUGUAAAUAUGAUAUGAUCAUUCUUCUGAUAGAUGGGUGUCUGUGCUUAAAACGUUUUUAUAUGAUUGACUGGUUCUUAGUUUGUGGAUUAAAAUUUUUGAUAAAUUCAAA